AUCAAUCGGGAGUCUUUGAGUCUUGUGAACGCAUUCUGGCGAUAAUUCAUAACAGUUUGCGUUUCACCAGCUUUACCUUAGUUACUGCCAGGAGAUAAUUUAGUAAGACGGGGCAGCCAGAAUUCACCAUGGCAGAAACUAAAAUUAUAGAUCUUCCUACACCAUGCCUUUUAGUAGAUUUAGAAAUAGCUAAAGGUAAUGCACAGAGAAUGUUGAAUACGGCCACUGAAAUGGGUGUAGAAAUACGACCACAUAUGAAAACCCAUAAAACAUUAGAAGGUGGUGUUAUGAUGACAGGUGGAAGAAAAAGUAAAAUAUGUGUUUCAACUCUACAAGAAGCACGAUUCUUCUCAGCUGGUGGUUUUACAGAUAUACUAUAUUCCAUCCCUAUUACAGAAAAUAAAAUAAAAAUUUGUCAACAAACAAUAAAAGAAGUGCCUGAUUUAAAAUUGAUGUUUGAUAGUCGAUAUGGUUUACAGUGUAUCAUGAAUAAUCCUAGACCAGACGGUAAACCAUGGUCAGCCAUAAUGGAAGUUGAUUGUGGAUAUGCUAGAACUGGAAUUGAAUGGGAUGGCGAGGAAAUAUUGGCCAUAGCACAAGAAGCAGAUAAAUGUCCAACUAUUCAUUUUAUGGGAUUAUAUGUCCAUUGUGGCGACUCCUAUAAUGCUGAAUCAGUUGAAGAAAUCCAUGCAAUUGGUGAUAGAACAGCGGAGAGAUUGGUAGAAGUAGCCAGAAGAUUAAAAGAUAGAGGCAUAAAUUGUGAAACUGUUGGAACUGGUUCUACGCCAUGUUGUAAUCAACCUUCAAAGAAAAUGGCUAACCUUACAGAAUUUCAUCCAGGAUGUUACAUUUUUAAUGAUUAUGGAUUAACAUUAAAUGGAUCGUGUGCUAGAUCAGAAAUAGCUAUUAAAGUAGCCACAAGAGUCAUAGAUUAUAAAAAAUCUAAAAAUGUCGUACUAGUAGAUUGUGGGUUCUUAGCUCUUAGUUUGGAUGGAAUCCUCGAAGGAGGUUAUGGAGGAAUGUGUUCGAUCCAGGACCAUCCGGAAUUAAAAAUGAAGGCCAUGGAUCAAGAAUUAGGGAAACUUACGGCAGCAGACGGUCAACAACUUGAUUUUGAUAAAUAUCCCAUCGGAACACUGCUAUAUAUUUACCCAUUCCACGCUUGUCAUACAGCAGCCAUGCAUCCUGUAUAUUAUGUUCAUUCUGGAGAUACAGUAGUUGAUAAAUGGACACCAACACGUGGAUGGUAAAGAAAAUGGUUAAAAGUAACAAUAAGCCUAUGCAAGCUUAAAUAAUCAGCAUUUUAUCUUCCUACUUGUUAAACAAUUAUGCAGUAUUCUCAUGCAAUGACCAUUGCUUUUAUGUCGAUAACGUCACUUAAUGUGAAAAAAACGUUAAUUUGGUUACCAAUUAGUUUAAGAAUUUGGUUAUUCAGAUGACCUUUAUAUAGUUGUUUUUAAAUCAAUACAAAGACUAAAAAAAAAUUUAAAUUUAUAACAAUAUUGCUAUUUUAUAUCAGCUUCAAAUUUUAAUAUACAAACUAUUAAACUGUAUUUCACUCUACAGGUCAAAAAUUCUAAUGUUUUGAAAAAAAAUUACUAAAUAUGUAUUAUAAAUGAACAGGUUUUGUUAUUAUUUGAUUACAAGAAAAUCACAAGCCUGUGACUCUCUAUUAAUUUCCCAUGUAUCUACCUCCAAAAGAUACUACUCAUAGGUUGUAGCGGGGACCACGUGGAAGCUACAAUAUUGUAGCUAUUGUAAGAGAUGAACUAAAAUAUAUCUUCAAAAAAUGUGGUUUCGGUAUCUUUCUUUUACAAUUCCAUAGUUUUAUUCAACAUUUUCUUUCGGUAAAGGAUUCUUUAAUAUUUUAUUUUUUGAUUAUUAAUUUCGCCAUAAAAACAGACGACCCCCUUGACCAUAUAAUUUUACCAUCUUUCUGCUGACGCUUCAGGUUAUGGUGACUUUUUUAAAAAGUGGUUUGUUAAUUAGCUAAUUAGGACCUAAAAAUUAUUUAUAAUAAUUGUACAUUAUUCGUAACAAGCUAUUAAGCGAAGUCCCAGAUGCACAAAAUAGCCUACACCGAUGGGCGAUUCAGGCCCCUAUCCCUUUUGUUUUGUUGCAUUAUACUUUGUAAAGAUCGUUCCAACGAUUGUGUGCCAUACAAAAAAAGUCUUUAAAAAGUCAAUAUUCCAAAGUCCCGACGGUCUUAUCCGGCUCACACUGUUUACCUUGGAUUUAUAAUAUACAGGAAUAAACAUUGAUAAACAA